AUGUCAGCGCAUUCGCUGAGUCCGAGGUCCUCCACCGAGAGUCUGCAGAGCAGCUUUUCGACGUACUCGGUCCCUGACAAGCUCGCCCCUGCUCUUGCCGGUCCUAUGGCUUGGGAAGGUGCAGAGCUUGAUCCUGCACAAUACAUCGUCAAGCUUUCGAGGUCCGAGGUCGACAACAUCCGCGCUGCCGUGGUCGGCUUCAAGCUCCAAAGGCUUCCACGUAGCGAAAUCUCCCAGCGCACAUUCCCCCUGGCGGCGAACCUAGCACGCAAGCUCUCUGCUGUCAGCAAGGAGCUACACGAAGGUCCUGGGGUGAUAGUGCUGCGUGGUCUGGAGGUAGCUAGGUUCAACGACGAAGAGGCCGUGAUCGCGUUCGUGGGUAUUUGCUCAUACGUUGCGUCACAGCGGGCAACAGACUCGUAUGCCAACCAGACCCUCAGCCAUGUUCGCGAUGCCACGAAGGAGGUCGUUCCAGUGUGGGCGAAGGAUAUUGGACUUGCCGGAUCCAAGAUCACAGCCGCAAUGGACUUCCACAGCGAUCGAUUCUCAGGGGAUAUCCUAGCUCUUCAUGUACGGAACAACGGUGGCGCAGGCAUUGGAGGUAGACAGUAUGUUGCAAGCUUCUGGAAGAUUUACAAUGAGCUGCUGAAGACGGAGCCGGAAGUUCUGGAGACGAUGGCGGAGGCAGACUGGCCGUUCGAGCUGAAACAGAAAGACCAAGCGCCAUAUCUGGAACUCGGUCCAACCCUUUUCUUCUCGAAGGGCAAGCCCAUAUGCCAACUUGUCAAGGCGCCACUCCUCGGAAGCCCACAUAUCCAGCGGGACCCAAGCAUGCCGAAGGUGUCAGACAAGCAGAUGUACGCCAUGCAUGUUAUCCAAACCCUGGCAAAACGAUUCAGUACAAGGCUCGAUCGCAAGCAGGGUGACAUACAGUUCAUCAACAACUUGAGCAUCAUGCAUGCUCGCGAAGCAUACCAGGGAACCAAUGGGAAGGCGAGUACUCGACACUUGCUGCGCAUGUUUCUUCGGGAUCCCGAAAACGCCUGGGACAAGCCGGCGCUUUUCCGAAACAACUUCGACGACCCCUUCACGCCCGGCAGGGCCCAAGAGCUGCCCAUCAUCGAUAUGGAUCCGUGGCGUGCCAUUAGUGGCCGCGAGAGCCACGGUUGA